AUGCCCGCGGACCUCUCUAAGCACGCAACCUUCUUCACGAACCAGACUGCGCUCUCAUACACACUCGAAGCUGUCUGGACGGAGCAAGACACGCAGGAAAACGAACUGCCGUCCUUAACAUAUCAGAACAACAUCUUGGAGAACUGUUCUGUUGUCUCGAUUGGGAUCCAGUUCCAAGCCUUGGACGAAGCGACCAACCAGAUUCGUUACGCCGGGUGGAACACUGCAGUCCGAACGUAUGCCACAUGCCAGAUCUCGAGUCCGUUAGGUACUGUCUUCUUCAACCUGACGCAAACGUACAACCACGUUCCAUCACCGACAACGCUCUCGCGGAUGAAGGGUCGCUCCUCGGGUAGAGAAUUCCUCACCCACAACGAGCAGACGCGCGCGAGUCUGUGGUGGGGCGAGUCGCUCAUGUCCAACUACUGGGGCUACACAACCUGGUUUAUGCAACAAUAUCGCAAGAAGAAGCUCAAUGAGGGCCAACAAGCCAUCGAGAAGGGCAUGGUGUAUCUCAUGCCCACGGAAUCAGUAGACGAUAUUGCCGACAUAGACUUCUUCACCCCCAACUACCGCUUCAUCGUGGCCAGGGAUAACGGCAUCGGCUUCAAGAACAUUUGGCCUGGCAGUGGUAACGAAGAUUCAACCACUAUGGGCGAUCUCAACAACCGAAGCGUCUAUCCCAACAUCUGGGUACCUGUUGACAUGCUAGCCAAAGGAGCCUACUCGACUGUCCUUGCGGACUUGGGACAGGUCGAGACGCCAAACAUCCUCGCCAAUGAGACAGCACUUGAGUAUUUUACGGCAAACUUUACCACUAUACACGAAUACCUGUCAAUCGAUCGAUUCGGCCCGGAGCGCGUUCCCUUCGACGCCCAGCGCUCGACCAGUGGUCCUCUUGGCGUUGUUCCCUCGGUCAUCAGGCAGCAAUACUAUUGCCAGGUGCCGCAGUUAAAAUCUACCGGUGAUCUGAUCCUUUCGAUUGUUAUCGCCGACUUGGUGCUCUUGCAGGCGGCGUGGCAGCUAUUCAAAGUCUUUACCGAGUGGUUGGUGACCAGAAAUGGGGGUGAUGGACCACCCGAUCCAGAUGGCGAGGUCGAACAGGGACGUACCUCACCAAACUCAUCAUCUGGCACUUCGACACCGUCGACCGGCGACUCCGGCAUAGGAGCAUCGAUGGUUACGCGUGAUCCUCAACAUCCAUCGGAUGGCGCGAGUAGCUCUGCCUCCUCCGACACUGCGCCACAGCCAUCAGACAACAUCCCUUUAACCACUCUUUCCGGUCAUGAACACGGUGCGCAUGUUCCUCGGCACGCAGCGGACUCUGCAACCAGCCUUGACCAUGGGCCGUAA